GCUCCGGGGCAGUAUGUGUAGGGAGCUUGUAUCCAAAUCUCGCGAUGUUUCGUGUGAGUAAAAGCCGGCGGGCCCGUAACUCGUCCUUCUUCUCGUGUUAGCGAUCACCAAAUGGCGGACGACGCCGGUGGUAGAGGAGGUUUUCGCGGAGGCUUUGGUGACCGUGGCCGCGGUCGGGGCCGUGGACGCGGCAGAGGCCGUGGGAGAGGCCGCGGUGCCCGGGGAGGCAAGGCCGAGGACAAGGAAUGGGUGCCCGUCACCAAGCUGGGCCGCCUGGUUAAGGACGUGAAGAUCAAGUCACUGGAGGAGAUCUAUCUCUACUCGCUGCCCAUCAAGGAGUCUGAAAUCAUCGAUUUCUUCUUAGGUUCUGGUCUGAAAGAUGAGGUGCUGAAGAUCAUGCCUGUCCAGAAGCAGACCAGGGCCGGUCAGCGCACCAGGUUCAAGGCAUUCGUUGCCAUCGGUGACUACAACGGGCACGUGGGCCUCGGAGUCAAGUGCUCCAAGGAGGUGGCCACCGCCAUCCGAGGCGCCAUCAUCCUGGCCAAGCUGUCCAUCGUGCCUGUCAGACGGGGCUACUGGGGAAACAAGAUCGGCAAGCCCCACACGGUGCCCUGCAAGGUAACGGGCCGCUGCGGUUCGGUGCUGGUGCGUCUCAUCCCCGCGCCCCGUGGUACCGGCAUCGUGUCGGCUCCUGUGCCCAAGAAGCUGCUCAUGAUGGCCGGAAUUGACGACUGCUACACCUCCGCCAGGGGCUGCACCGCCACCCUCGGCAACUUUGCCAAGGCCACCUUUGAUGCAAUCUCCAAGACUUACAGCUACCUGACCCCUGACCUCUGGAAGGAGACUGUCUUCACCAAGUCUCCUUACCAGGAGUUCACUGACCAUCUGGCCAAGACUCACACACGAGUGUCCGUGCAGAGAGGCCAGCCCAUCCAGCCGCCAACCUCCUAAACUUUUUGUACAGACCAACUGUUAAAAUAAAAGUUGUGGAGAAAAUGU